AUGCAGCAUCAACAACACCGCCACCAACAACAACAACAGCUGCAGCAGCAACACAAACAACAGUUACAGCAUCAACAACAACACCGCCACCACCAACAACAACAGCUGCAGCAACAACACAAACAACAGUUACAGCAUCAACAACACCACCCCCAACAACAACAACAGCUGCAGCAACAACACAAACAACAGUUACAGCAUCAACAACACCACCGCCACCACCAACAACAGCUGCAGCAACAACACAAACAACAGUUGCAGCAUCAACAACACCACCGCCGCCAACAACAACAGCUGCAGCAGCAACACCACCACCACCAACAACAACAAAAUCUUGAUCCAAUUUUCAGUUCAGAAACACAAACCACCACGGUAGGAGUAUCGAACCUCUCUGGAUGUUCACCAGAGGUGGUAAAACCGACUAAUCCGUCGCGGCUUAUUGACAGAACAACUAUACGAUAUACUUUUACUCUGGAUUCGGCAUAUAAUUUAUUUCUACGAUAUUCAUCGCAUCAAAUCAAGAAGAUAUUUUCCCACUUCGAUGUAAAUGGAGAUCAGAGGAUUUCCCGAUAUGAGAUUUUGCGUGCAAUGCGUUGUAUGGGAAUUCAUCCUACAAAUGACGAGUUUGACAAAAUGAUGCAACCCGUUGACGAGGACAAGGAUGGGUAUGUCAGCUUCAGUGAAUUUGAGAAAGUCAUGAUGAGGUCAAUUUCACUACAAGAAUACGAGGGAAAAGUGCUGAGGGACUCAUUCAAGAUGUUCGAUUUAGAUGGAGAUGGUUACAUCUCUAAAGAUGAGCUCAAGCAAAUCCUCACAGCAGCCGGGGACAAGAUGGCGGAACAGAAAGCCGAGGAACUCCUUCUGGAAGCCGAUACAAACAACGACGGAAAGAUCAGUUAUGACGAAUUCGUUGCCACGAUAUGCAAGUAA